AUGCUUGCAGCGAAAGACGCCUUUAGCCGCGAACAUGACGAAAACAGACAAAAGUUAUUUGGGUCACUUCUUGGACUGUAUGGCUUGGACGAUGCAGUUGCAGCAUUCGUUAAAGACCUGAACGAGAAAUCACCUGGUUUUAACGUCUCACAAACCUGUUUAACAAGAGUCGAAUAUUUCCUUACCGGGAUUCAGAAGAAAAAGAAGUGGGCUUUACAAAUGCUGGAUGCCACGGGUAAAAUGGGAAGCGGGGUGUUAGACGGCAACACGCGUUGGUACGGCUCGUACAGCGAGUGCAACAAAGUUCAGGCCAGUUUACAUUACAACGAAAGCACUGGCUUUAACUCCAGUCAAGCUAUUCAAGUCAGUGAUUCCUUUGAGGGGCAGUAUUGUACAACGAUGCUCUCUGGGCCUCAAAGUCUUGUUGGCCAUUUCGUGGCACUAACCCUGGGGAUCUGUGUCCCAAGUGGAUGUAGCGGGGAAGAUAUCAAAUCCAUGGCUGAUAACAUAUUAAAUCUUAAGCUGUGGUUCGUCUCCUGCAAACCGAAAGAGCUACCUUGGGCGUCCGGAACUACCGCUGCAUUAUGCAUUUCCGGCUUACUUCUACUCCUGGUCCUAUUGGCCACAAUGUAUGACAUCAUUGAUCAAAGUUUUCUGACGUCAGGAACAGCACAGCAGGUUAUCCCACGUGACGCCUUGGAGGAUAAGGGUCCUACAGUUCAAGCAGAUGGUUACUAUGCCAUUCCAUCGUCGCCAAAUUCACCUUCUUCACAAAGAGAAAAAGGAAUAUGUCACAAAGUCAUGAUAGCUUUCUCUGUGUACACCAAUGCAGCCAAGGUCCUAAGUGCCAAGCAGCCGUCCGGUGCGCUGAAUUGUGUCAAUGGUAUCCGGUUUCUCAGCCUAACCUGGGUUAUUUGGGGCCAUACGUACUAUUUUAUGAUGAGAUAUAUAAAGAACGGUGCGUCCCAUGGCCACGACAUUAUGACGCGGAAGUCAAUGCAAGUACUGUUCCAAGCGCCUUACUCGGUUGAUUCCUUUUUUGUCAUGAGUGGACUGCUAGUCACCUAUCUGACCCUGCGCGAGAUGAAAAGGGGAACACUGAGAGGAAAACUGCGCAUGCUCAGGAUUAACUGGGGAAUGUAUUAUUUCCAUAGAUUUUGGAGUUACAAAAACUGCAUUAUUGAUAACGUGUACUGUUUCAUUCAUAGGUUGACUCCGCCGUACAUGUUAGUGCUAUUGGUGUACGCCACAACGUACAGAUACUGGUCUAAUGGACCUAUGUGGGCAGGGGAAAAUCAAGAAAAAUAUUGUGGAGAUUACUGGUGGACCAACUUACUGUACGUCAACAAUGUUGUGGACACUAAAAAGUUGUGUUUUGGAUGGUCGUGGUAUCUGGCCAAUGACAUGCAAUUCUUCGUGAUUACACCUUUUAUCUUAUUGCCUUUGUUUUGGAGUAGGAUUGCCGGCGCAGUCAUCAUGUUUCUGUUAUUGCUAGGCUGUUGGAUAUCUUCUGGAUCUGUCUCGGCCUACCAUAAGUAUGGGCCCAAUGCCGUGGGAGGCAAUGAGGCAGAUAACUUCGACAUCAUGUACAUCAAGCCUUGGUGUAGAAUAGGACCAUACCUUGUAGGAAUGGCUACUGGAUAUGUACUACACGUCACUCAGUGCAAACCCAAGGCAAACUGGGUCAUAGCAAUGUUUGCCUGGGCUGUCGCCAUAGCUUUAGGAGCGUGGUUGGUGUUUGGUUUGUAUGAGCCUCUCAAUGGUCAUCCGUGGAACUACCAGGUGGCAGCACUAUACAAUGCCACGUCCAGGACACUGUGGGGCGCAUGCGUAGCUUGGGUGAUCUAUGCCUGCUGCACCGGUUAUGGGGGCAUUGUUAAUAAAAUUUUGUCCUGGGAUGCCUUCGUGCCCCUCAGCCGACUGACCUACUGUGCCUACCUUGUCCACCCCAUUAUCAUGUUCGCCGUCUAUCAGAUGAAAGAGGAACCGAUAUAUGCUUCUGACAUGACUAUGACUUAUUAUUUCUUCGGGCACCUCGUGACGUCAUACGGUUGUGCCUUCGUGGUCUCCAUGGUCUUUGAGGCGCCUAUGUUAGGAUUGGAGAAAGCCAUUCUGAAGCGCGGGCAAUAAAUUCGCAAAAAGGCCAUCUCGAUCAAAUUAACUGAAAGGGGCUUUGUCAGUCCCCAGUGGCAAACAGUACAAUGAUAUACAAAUCUGCUGUAAAAUGUUUAAUUUUUAAAAGUGUAAUGUAUUCAAUUUCAAUACAUAAUUUGUUGAGUUCAUUUUGAAAUAUUUCCAUUGAG